AUGUUUGAAAUUUCUAAGCUCUCAGUCGAACAGCAAAAACACCUUGACAUUACAAGUUCUCCUCCUUCAAUGACACCUUCACCUUCAACAACACCCAUCAUUGAAACCUUUGAACAAAUACCACAAGCACCGGGAGAUUCGCUUUCCUCCGCUGGUUUUUUAUCAUCCCAUUCGCCCACAACUCCACCGUUUGAUGACCAAUCAACAACAAAUAUUCCUCAGUCUCAAAAUGAUACUUCCAAUAAUAAACCUGACACUAUUAACAACCAUAUAACCGUCUAUUUUAAAUCCCUGCAAGAGGAAACUAUUGACGGUGACAAUGAUUCUCCCAUAUUGGAAAAUCUAUUGCAAUCACAUAUUGAUGAUAAAAGCAUUAAUAAUAUUAAUGAUGAUGCAGAUAUUCAACGCCAAGGUAAUUUAACAAACUCAUUUGAAGAAACCAAUCAACGAGAUUAUAGCCAGAACAAGGAUAUGCAAACAAAAGAAAUAAAUCACAAUAAAGGAGUAAUUACGAAAAAUAGCAAUCAUCAAUCUAAAAAUGUCACGACAACUCAACAACAAUUCAAUCCUGAAGAAUUGGAAAACAUCAGCAGAUAUCAUCAGAAUGAUUCACCACCAACUAUUGGUUCAAGUUCACCACAAUCCGAAGAAGAUGCAGGCGGGUAUGGAUCAUUGUUCGCUUCCGACACUACUAUUAUUACUAAGAAUAUUGGUAUUAAUAGUGAUGGCUCAUUUAAUAUGAGCGAAAACAUCAAUAAUCUUUUCGCCGAAAAUAAUAAUCCACAAUCAACUUACCCUAUGUCGAAUGACUCUCUCUUUACUUAUAACUACGAAAAUCACAGCACUAACAUGUCGACUACUCCUCAAGAAAAUCUUUCAUUAAAUCAUGCCAUUCAAUCGUCGUCAUCAUCUACAUCAAUUUUGCCUGAUCAAAAUAAAUCUUCUGAAAUACUUGAUUUUGUUUUUGCUAGUGAAAUCGAAGAUGUCAGUGAGAAAGUGGUCUUUCAGUGGGAAGAAAAUACUUCAACAGAUUCUCCUUCCCAGUAUUCGUCAAACUCAAAUAUGGCACGACGAAUUAAAAAUAAUCAACGACAACAUCAAGAGCACCAUCCUUCAAACAAUAGUUCUGAUAAUAAUUGUCCGAAUCAACAUAACAAAAAUCUCGAAUCCCACGAAUUAUUUGGUGAUAACAACAAUUUCACUACUAAUUCUUUAUUAUCACCAAAUUUUUCUAAUUCAAACACCACAUCUUUCUCUCCUUUACCAUCUUUUCUUGAACCUAAUCGAUCAUAUUUUACGUCUCGAGUCUCUGUCAUGAAUUCCAUGAAUUCUGAUAAUUAUGAAAAUUAUUCAAUGAUGGAGCAAAAUCUUGGGAUUAAAGAAUCGCUAACACAACGACAACGGCAACAUCACCAAGCAGCUUCAGGGAAUUCUAGCACCGACAUCGCCCCUUUCGAUUGGUCAUUAUCUAAUCCGUCGAAUUAUACAGAGUUUUGGCAGCAACAUCAACGUUCACAGCAACAGUUAUCACAAUUGAUACGUUCUUCUCCUUCACUUUUUCAAUAUUAUCGAUUGGGUGUCAAUGAUAACAAUAACCGUAACAACAGCUUACCAUUUUCACAGCAGCAACAAAAUUUACGCAAACGUUUUAUGCAAAAUAACCUUGGAUUUCAAAAUGAACAUGUUUCGUUAAAUCCAUCAGAUCCACAAAAUAUGCUCUUUAAUACCCAAAUCCAACAAGAAAUAUAUCAAAUUACAUCCUCCUCAUCAGAACCUUCACGUAAACGAGUGAAACCGCAAGAUAUAAAAGAUACCGAAUUUUCUAAUAUUAACUUCCAAGAUAAAUCAUCUAAAUCAACACCAUCUCCGGUGUCUUCGCCCGUAUUGCCAUUUACUCCUUCUGCAGCUGCUGCUGCCGGAUAUCCCACUUCUUGUCUUGAUAAUCCCAAAAAUUUUUAUAAUUAUCUUCAUCACCAGCAUCAUCAAAUUGAUUCUCAAGAAUAUUCACAACAAAAUGCGGAAGCGGAAGAAGAGGAAUCGUCUACCGAACUACCGCUCAUUGAUCCUAAUGACACCCGACCAGAUUCUAAGCCUCGACGACAGAGAACUAGGUAUCCAGGUGACUUGUAUACGCCUAAAUGGGUUCGACUCAUGGGUCAAGCAAAGGAGGGAUAUUGUGAUUUAUGUGAACCGGUAUCGGGAAAAUACUUUGUCCCACCAAUUGAUACACGAACCGUACAAGCGAAUUCAUCAAUAAUUUAUAGUACCUCUUCUUCACUGAACUCCUUACCACCAACAGCAUCCUCUUCCGCUUUGGGCAACACUGAAGGUCUUUGCCAUCAAUGUCAACAAUGGAUUCCACUGACAAGCACCAAAAAAAAGACAGCAACAACUUCG